AGAGGAGCGUCCAAGUUGUUCACUGGAAAAAAGAAAUAAUGAUGCCCCAGUAGAAGAUGCCUAGUUUAUAUUUUGCUUUAUUAUUACGAAAAAGGGUAACAGUCGCGAAGAAAGUUCCGAAAUAAGUCGCCUUAUAUAAUGGAGCAUUUUGUUUAGUUUCAUAAUUAUUUAAAUAACCUUGGACUAGCCGCUAUCUUCCAAACAAGGCCUUACGGUGUCGGGGCCGACUUUUGAAGCGGACCAUUCAUUUGGAUAUUUGGCUGAAUAUCAAGCUAAAUUUUAAUUUUGUCUCGAUAUGGGACGUUUCUUUCUGAACCUGUUAUUUUCGGCUGACGUUGAAGUGGGGGAAUCAGGUGCGAUGCAGUGCUUGGAAAUAAAGGCCCCGCUUGGACAUCGGCUUAUAUGUGGACUCAUUUCGCUCGUCCGUAAACGCCGGCCAAAGUGGACUAAUUAGGCGCCGUGAAAAAUGGUUACCGAUCUAACCCCCGGUCAAGUUUGAAUCAAACUUGGCUUUGCGUAUAUUCAGUGAUGUCUUAAGGGGAAAAAAGGGGGUAAUAUCACAUUAUUUGGGCGACGUGCCACGUUUUCGUCUUUGCAUGCUUUUUUUGUUUUUCCCUUUCUGAGUCUGCACCGGGCUAGCUAGCUGGCUAAUUUGUUGUGGUGCGAUGCAAAUCAGUUGGCAUGCUAGCCGGAGUAAAACGCGACGUCUUACAAAAUAGAUGCUGAAAUAAUAAUAACAAUCGUGAUGGUUUGAUAUUAAAAUAAUGUCCAGUGUUAGUCCGCCAGAUGAGCGUAAGUCUCGGCGAGACUUUGCGUGCAUUAUGUUUCCGUCCAGAUCGCCAUCCGAGCGGCACACCGUCGCCCAGCUAGCCGGUUUGCCUUUAACUUGACGCCGUGUCGACACUCGCUGGAGCCUGCGUGUCUUCACGGCUUUUUCACCGCAUCUGCCGGUCAAAAUGCAGCCCGGAACCCCGCGGCUGGUGCCGGUUGGACCUUAGCUAUAGCUUGAAGUGUGCCGGUGGUCGCGGAGGCUUUAUACGGGAGCCGUUUUGUUUCCACGGAGGCGACGACUGACGGGAAACGGUGUAGAAUUAGCAAACUUUAGCAAGCUAGCCGGCUAAUAACGUUAACUCGGCAAGCGAGUCGCAAUCGUUUUAAAUUUAUUGUGAUUUUAUUCGAUUCGUUUUUCGCCGCUGCUCCAGCGGCGCCAAUCUUUCGAGCACUUAGGGCGAAGCGAAGCGCAGCUUGGCCGGGGAAGAUAGCGAAGGAUCGGUGUUAUUAAGGAUGACCGACAUGGUUGUAUGGAGGCUAAUAACCUGUUCAACUUUGGUGGCCACCCCUCUGAGACUGCUAACUCAGGACUGAAGCUUCCCUCAGGGGACACUCUCUACACUAACGGGUCCUCCAUGAGCUUCCCUCAACCAGGAAAAAAUAUGAAUGGCGAAAUGAAUGUGAAUGGCAUCACCACUGUAAUAGGGACCAGUACGUCUGGUCCCCACCCUUCCACCGCUUACUCUCUCAUGAGCAACCAUCACCAUCAGAGCGGUCUGGGCUACGACUACCUGUGGAGUGAGCCGUCAUAUGGCCAGGCCACGGCGAUGAACUCUGGACACGGGCCAAGCAUGCACCACAAGCAGGGCUCCAGUGGAGUAAUGCAGCAGCAGCAGCAGCAGCAACAACAACAACAGCAGCACUUCCAGGGUCAUGGACAGUAUCAGCUAAAUGGGGAACUCGGAGGGUCUCACCCAUCUACGGUGGCUGCUCCACCCAAUGUAACCCUGUCUGGGGGGUCAUACUGGGGCAGGGAGAGCCCCAUCUCUCAGCAGAGCGGCUCCUCCAUGACCAUGAGCUAUGGUUCUGGCAAUACGUACGGCUCCUACCAGAACCAAGUCCACCCAAGCGUGACUCCACCCCAGCAUCAUCACCAGCAUCAGCACCAUCAGCAGCAGCAGCAUUUUGGGAUGAUGCAAAACGGGGUGCCCUACUACCAGCCCCAAGCUCCUCAUCCUCCUCUACCUUCAGGUCAAGCCCAAGCCCGGCCUCCUAUGAUCCUCCCAAAUGCGCAGAAUUUUACCCCUCCACGUAAUAGCCCUCAGCAUCAGCACCACCUGGGCCGUGGGGCUUCAGGCAGCCCACUGCCCCUGACACCCAUCUCUGUACCAGGCAUAUCCUCUGCUCUUCCGGAUAACGGAGCCUCGCAGACUUGUGACACUGGGGUGCUGCCUGCGGUCAUGCAAGGUCACAUGAAUGAAACAUACAAGGAUGUGGGCAGUGGCUACAACGGUGUGGAACAGACACCUACCGCCCAGCGAUUAGCUGAGCCUGAGGCGUUUGCCAGCAAGCACUCUGCCCCAUCCGCGGUGCCUCCGAAUGACUACUGUGCACAAGUUCAGCACAUACCCCCUGAUGUCGGGCCACCCAUGAACCAAAAGCAUGAGCCUGGGGUAAGGAUGAAGGAUGCUGCCCCUCUGGUGGUCCCGGCCCCUACAGUAUCCCCUGUAGAAACUGGACCUCCUGAGCCGGGUCACAUAGGAUUUCCAGUAAAAACUGGCCUGGAUACCACUGUAGAGCCUGAAGCUGCUACCCCUCAUGCCAGAACCAAGACGUCGGAUGGGGCUGAGAGUGAUGUCAGGGUGGUCGCCCACUCAGACGCAGAGUUGGAAAGACCUCCAGCUGACAGCUGUCCUAGAGAUGAAGCCUCUGAGAGGACAUCUUCGAAUGUCAGGCUCCUGGAAGAGAGGCCCAGUGCAGGUGAACUGCUGGAUGUGGCUUUGAAUGACACAUGCAAGACAAAGGAGCCCAGGGAUUGCAGCUAUUCCUCCUGCAUGGACAGCUCUGGGCCAGUCGACGCAAGUGCUUUAGAAAGCACGUAUACUGACUCUUCUCAUUUGGACGACACUUCCCAUCGCGAGGAGGAGACUAUGGACAACAGCUUGGCCUACGAAGAGACCUCACUAAAUGAUACCUCACAGCUGGCGGAGUCUCAGAGUGACAUCUCCCAGAAUUCCACUGAGAGUGUUUCCAUGAGUGCUCCUUCCAAUGAUUCAAAGAUGGAGGACAAUCUGGACGUCCCCAACUCGGCUGGGAGCGGCACGGCAUCGGCUCCGGGUGACGGAUACCCAGAGGUGCUUCUCUCUCAGGCCAGGAGCCAGUUUCCCCUUGAUAGCAUCUCUUUCUUGCCCCUGGUUACCAGCACUGUCGCCCGUAACACUGGAAAGCUCGCUGGCAAAGGAUCUGCUGGUCACGGCCCCCAGCUCCCACAGCUGUCCCCAUCUGCCGGUGAGUGGGGGCGGAAGGCGACAGCUGAGCGGAGAGGGGGAGCUAAAGCGGAAGCGAUCAAACCGGAAAUCAGGACUGAAUUUCCGGAGCAUGCCGCUAAACUCCUUCCGUCCAGCUUCAAGAAAGCAGUUGGCUCUGAGCUGUUCCCAUCCCAGCCGCAGAAUCCUGUCACGGCAAAGCCCAAGAAGGCGAAGAGAGUCAAAAAGCUGGCGAUAAAAGCCCCCAAAACGCCUAAAGUGAAGCCGGUGGUGGGAAAUAACGGCAACGAUGAGGAAGACGAUGACGAGUGUACUGCAGCUACUGGAGAUGGCCAGAGGAGGCGAGUGGCGACAGAGGAGCAGGUGAACUUCCCUCUGCUGCAUGGGUGGCGGAGGGAGAUCAGGGUCCGAAAGAGCGAGAACCGUCUAAAAGGGGAGACGUGGUACUACAGCCCUUGUGGGAAGAGAAUGAAGCAGUUUCCGGAAGUCAUAAAAUACCUCAAAAGGCACCAGGAUUCUGUGGUCAGCAGGGAACAUUUCAGCUUCAGCCCCCGUAUACCAGUGGGAGACUUCUACGAGGAACGGGAGACAGCCGAGGGUAUGAAAUGGUUCCUUCUGGCUGACGAAGAGGUUCCCUCCAUGAUCAUGGCCAUCACUGGCAGGCGUGGUCGGCCCCCCAACCCAGACAAAGAAAGGCCCCGCUCCCGUCGUACUGUGGGUGGGGUCUCCAGACGCCCAGGGAGACCCCCCAAGACCAAGAUGGUGGAUUUGCUGAGCAAAGUGGAGGCGAAGUUGUUGAAAAAACUUGAAGCUCAAGAAACACUCAGUGAAGAAGACAAGGAGAAGCUGAAUAAGAUUAAAAGGAAGAUGAAGAGAAAGGCAAGAAACAAAAAGAGACAGGAUGCCAAGAUUAAGAAAGACAGACAAGAGAAAAGAAAGGCAAAGCUUGAGAAGUCCAAAGAGGAGCAGGAAGGUCUUGGUGAAGCUCAGGGUCCCCGUCAGCCUGUGCAGGAACCGAAGAAACCAGGUCGCAGGAAGAGGGCCCCUACUGUGGAGAAGGUGGUGGAGGAGAAGGAGAACACCACGGUCGUGAAGCGUGCAGGCGGGGCACGGAGCAAGGCCAAGGCUCUUGCCAAGGCCCAGGCUGAAGCGGAGGCACAGGCCCAGGCUGCUGCAGCAGCCCGCAGACAGGCGGAGAGGAGGGCUCAGGCCCAGCGCCGACAGGAGGAACGCAAGAGGCAGCAGCUGAUCCUGGAGGAGCUCAAGAAGCCCACCGAGGACAUGUGCCUCACAGACCACCAGAUGCUGCCAGAGUUCUCCCGCAUCCCAGGUGUGAUGCUGUCCGGUCAGGCCUUCUCUCACUGUCUGAUGGUGGUAGAGUUCCUGCACAGCUACGGGAAGGUGCUGGGCCUCCAGGUGCCCCGGGAUGUGCCCAGCCUCGCUGUCCUGCAGGAGGGCCUUCUCGGCCUGGGGGACAGCCAGGGUGAAGUCCAAGAGCUGCUGGUGAAGCUGGUGCAGGCGGCUCUGUGUGACCCUGGCCUCCCUCCUCACUAUCAGUCGGUGAAGAUCCUGGGCGAGAAGCUGGUAGACCUCGAGCUGAACCGCAGCAGCGUCUCCGAGGUGCUUCGUGUCUUCCUGGACUCUCACACCUUCCAGCCCGACGUGUGUAAGAGCUUGCGCACUAAGCCCUUCCAGGCUCUCUCCCCUGACGUCAAGGCCAGCAUCCUGGCCUUCCUCGUGGACGAGCUCAAUGCUAGCGGCAUCAUUAUCAGGGAAAUAGACAAUACACUGGAAAAUAUGGCUACCUACAGGAAGAACAAGUGGACGAUCGAAGGAAAACUUCGCAAGCUGAAAUCUGCGUUGGCACGGCGGACGGGGCGUUCAGCUGACGAGCUGCACUUUGAGGAGCGGCGGCGGAGUGCCAGGGUGGCCGAGGAGGAGAACCUGUACCUGGAGGAGAGCGGCUUCAGUGAGAGGAGCAGCCGGCGUUCCAGGAAGGAGGAGGUGCAGCUCAGCGAGGCCGAGAGUCCGACCUCUGCUAGCGUCCCUGAGCUCGAAAGGCAGAUUGAUAAGCUGACCAAGCGCCAGAUCUUCUUCCGGAAGAAGCUGCUGCAGGCAUCGCAUUCCCUGCGAGCCGUCUCGCUUGGUCAGGACCGAUACCGGCGCCGGUAUUGGGUCAUGCCCCACGUUGGGGGCAUCCUGGUUGAAGGGGCAGAGGAGAUUUUGGCAUCGCAGGACGUGCUGGUGAAGGAGGAACCCGAGCCGCUCGUUUCUCCUGUGAAGGUAGAGCCCAAGGCGGAGCCCCCAUUGUCCCCCGUCGCCGACCCGUCUUCCGCUUCCCACCACUCAUCCCCUGAAGUGGACCCCCUCCCUGGCAUGGCCUCCCUCAUGAGCAGCCCCCGGGGGAGGGGCCGGCCCCGUAAGAUCAAGCCCGAGGUGGAGCUCCACCUUCGUACCGCCAAGAACCGGCGGCGGCGGCGUAGCAGCCGGGCAGGUAGCGACGACCAGGAGGGCGGCACCAUCGAGCGCGGCAUGCAGGACCUCACGCAGUCGGCCUUCCUGUCCUGGCUGAGCCAGACCCAGGGCUCCCUCUCCGACGCAGGCGCGGGGCCCGAAGCCCAGCCCGUGGACAGUGUCAAGGAGAUGGCGGAGAAGCAGGGACAGUGGUUCAACCUGCUGCCCAAGACUCCCUGUGACAGCAGCUCCCUCUCUCAGCCGCCAGCCCUUCCCAGCUCCCCCUCGAAAGACCACCUCUCCUCCCCAGAGAUGCCCCCCAGCCUGACCGCCCCUCUGCUUCAGCCGGUCCUGCCGCUCUCCAGUCCGGCCCCCUCCACUCAGGUGUGCUCAAACCUGGCUCCGAAACCAGGCCGGCGGCGUCGGCGGGCCAGUGGCUCCCUGGGAAUGGGCUUUACCUCACCAGCCAAGCGCCGUGGCCGCCCACCCUCCAAGCUCCUCCAGGAGAUCGAACAGAAGUACUUCACGCAGUUGGUAGCCCGACCCAUCCCCACAGCUAAGGUGCGGGGCUGGUGGUGGAUCAGGGACCCCGAGGAGGUGAAGGCCCUCCUGCAGGCUCUGCACUGCCGGGGCAUCCGUGAGAAGGCACUCCACAAGCACCUCUCCAAGCACAUGGAGUUCCUGAGUGAGGUCUGCUCCCGGCCCAGCAGCGACCCCAUGUUCCAGCUGCAGGUCGAGGAAGGCAGCUCCCUGUUGCAGGUCCUCCAGAAGCCAUGGCAGGAUAGUCAGAAGGCCAUGGAGGCCGACCUCAGCGUACUCCAGUGGGUGGAGGACCUGGAGCAGAGGGUCUUCACGGCCGACCUGCAGAUCAAGAUGGCCCCUCAGAACGGAGCGAGCGACACUGAAGGUAACACGGAAACAACGUCCCCUGGAUUCCAGGGCUUGACCGUGCCGGAACCAGACUCCACCCGUGCCGACCUCGAGUAUUAUGAGCACGAUGUGGAGCUGCUGGAUGACUGGAUCGUCAGGACCAAGAAGGAGUGGUCCGACCUGCUGCGGCUGCCCACCCACCCGCUGGACCUGGCCGUGGUGCGGCUGCUUCGCCUAGAGCGCAACAUUGAGCGCCGCUACCUGAAAGAGCCUCUCUGGACUUUAGCUGAAGUGGUCCGGCUGGCUCCCCUGACACCGCCCCCCGGUGGAGAGAACCACAUGGACGCUGAAAGCCUGGAGAGUGAGAUCACGCCAAGGGUGCGGGCAUGGAGGCAGGCAGUGGACCGGUGCCGCAGUGCCGCCCAGCUCUGCCUGUGCCUGCUACAGCUGGAGCGUGCCAUCGCCUGGGAGAGAUCAGUCAACAAAGUGACUUGCCUGGUUUGCCGGAAGGGUGACAACGAUGAGUACCUGCUGCUGUGCGAUGGCUGCGAACGAGGCUGCCACAUGUACUGCCUGCGGCCCAAGGUCACCCAGGUCCCUGAGGGAGACUGGUUCUGCCCCAUCUGCCUCUCCACGGAGAAUGUAAAUGGAGACUCCCCCCGCCUGCGUCGCUUCCCCAAACCCAAGUCACGGGCACGCAAGAGGCACAUUGGUGACUAUGGCUCCGAGAGCUCCGACGACGAUGAAGGUUACCGCAAAGGGGGCAUGUCGACACGGAGGAGGGAGGGAACCCCCGCCUCCUAUACCCGCUUCUCAGGGGAGAGUGGCGGCUCCAAUUCCUUCCCCUCCAAGCGUCGGCGCAUGGCCACCCGCAACCAGCCUGACCUCACCUACUGCGAGAUCAUCCUCAUGGAGAUGGAGGCCCACACAGACGCUUGGCCCUUUCUGGAGCCAGUCAACCCACGUCUGGUUCCUGGCUAUCGCCGUAUCAUCAAGAACCCCAUGGACUUCCUCACCAUGCGGGAGCGUCUGCUCAAGGGGGGGUACUGCAGCUGCGAAGAGUUUGCCGCCGAUGCCCAACUGGUCUUUAACAACUGCCAACUCUUCAACGAGGACACGUCGGAGGUGGGCAAGGCCGGCCAUUCCAUGAGGCGCUUCUUCGAGAGCCGCUGGGCGGAGUUCUACCAGAACAAAGACAAAUAGGCGCUUCGGGGCAAAUGCUGGACAUGGCUGCACCAAGCUCUGAGGAGCAGGGACCCGCAACCCCUCAAUCCUCAAGAGAUCCCUACUGCGGGAGUCCCCAAAUACUACUAAAACUGCUACUGAAGCCCCUCGUGGCUCACUGUAAACGUAUGUGUGUUAAUAUAUGUAUAGACUGUCUCUUAUUCUCCGUCGUCAUAAACUCCAGCCCAGGAUGUCUGGAUUAACUCGCCUGUCAGGCCAGACAGCGAUUAAGGUGUUCCGCUUGGUCCCUGCCUCGGUCCAAUUCCACUGCUAUCGAUUUUCCAUCUAACCAUCUCCGUUUUGUGUAUUACACACCCGUCUGUCAAACAGAGGUCCAUGAAUAGCACUCUCCCUCCUCCUUAGUGUUAAGGUUUAAGGGAUCCACCCCCCCCCCCCCAGUCAUUUUUCAAAGCCACCCAAACCCCAUUGACAGGGAUUCAUCUGUUUGUCUGAUUUCACCCCAAAGUGAUCCUCACCAGACUCAUUCCAAAACUCUCAAGACAAUGUUAGAUUUCCUUCACUAAAAUAUUAUAUAGUGGUCUCAUGACUAGAAGCAAUUUUCUCUAUUUUUAUUAUAUAUUCUAUAUAUACAUAUAUAAAGACUAAAAAAAUAGCUGGAAUUAUUUAAUAGCAAUAGGUUAUAGUGGAUGUGCACAGACCACAUAGUAGUGCUGUCUAGAUAAGUGGCCAGUAAAGCAGAACGGAAAGUUUUCUAGUUGUCUGACAAGUUGGACAGAUUUACUUCUGUGAAAUUAAAUUCUCGCAGUGGAGGAAGUAGUGUAUUCAAAUGAAAUCUCCCCCCCCACCCACCCCGCUCUUCCUGGGAUGUUUUCGCGACUCUUGGCUAACACUCGCAGCUUUCGCUUUCCUCCCUGACACCUGUACACCUGCUGAAUGGUAGCCGGACCUCUCAUCACCAGUACAUUACUAUGGUAAAGAACUGCUGUCAAGUAUAACACAAAAUAAUGAUUUUAGCUGUGUUUUACUGGGGGGGGGGGGUUGUAGGCGGGAAAUUGGGAUGGUCUUAGUUUUAGAUUUUAAGUUUCUUGGUUCAAAGAGAAAUGGAUCUCCAUAUUUUCUUUUAAGGCUCAAUUUUAAAGAGUGGUUUUAAGUGACUUCACACCAUGUGUUUUGUUUUUGCAGGCAGUUGGGGAUCCCAAACUUGUUAACUGUUAGUGCUUUUUAGCAUUUGUUCACUCCUUUUAUUUAAAGAAAAAAAUCAGUUGGCCCAGUAGCUGUCUUGUGUAUAAAUUAUUUCAGCAGCUGGUGACCCAAUCAUUCCUGUAACACUAACUUAGACAAGCGCUACCAAUUAAAACAAAAUAAAUAAAUAAAUUUAGCAGUAUUCCUGAACCUGGAUCCAAAAGCUUACGCACCCUAAGCCUCAUCUUGCAGGUCUUGUAUGGACGCAGCUCCUUGUCAUGGAUGUUCCCACUAGUUUCUUGUUCUUUAAAGGUUAAUCUUUCACCUGCUUGUCUUUCCGUUCCCCAAAAUGCAUAGCGGCCCUUUUUGGGGCUGGAAAUGCAGCUGUGGGAGUAUGGAGACUGGCUUGGGCAUGCGAUGGAGCCCAGCUACACAGGCGCAGGACAACUGCCGCUUGCCAUCAUGCGCUGUGCAGUUCCUCCAUUUUUAAUGUGUGGAUUUUUUGACAGAUGUGGCCUUCCUGUAUUUUCAGCAUUUGGUCUUUUGUGUACCUGCUCCCCUGCCUUUAAUUCUGUUUCCUUCCUCUAUAAUGAACACAAACCUGGCACUGAAUUAGCAAGGAGUUUACUAGAUGGGGGGGGGGGAAUGGAUGGGGGGGGGAAAAAUUCUAAAGGUAUUUAAGGUUAGUUUCUUACACUGAAAUCAAACUGGUCAGAAAAAAAAAUAGGAAGUGUUCCUUGUAACACAAAAGGGACAUAGUUUUUCUAAAACCAAAAUGUGGUGUUAAGUGAAUUUUUAAUAAUGUACAGUUUUUGUGACUUUAAAUUUAUUCCUUUCUAUAUUUUUAGGACCAAUAUCAUUUUUAAGAGGAGGCAUUAAAGAACAUGUUGUACUGAUGUGAUGUAACACGUGUGCAUCUGUAGAAUGUACUGUGAGUUGAAUAAAACCACAUCUAGUAGAAAGAGCA